AUGCAAAUCUUCGUGAAGACCCUGGCUGGCAAGACCAUCACCCUGGAGGUGGAGCCCAGUGACACCAUUGAGAACACGAAGGCCAAGAUCCAAUAUAAAGAGGGCAUCACCUCUGAACAGCAGAGGCUCAUCUUUGCUGGCAAACAGCUGGAAUAUUGCCACACCCUUUCUGAUUACAACAUCCAGGAAGAGUCAACACUACACCUGGUCCUUCAUCUGAGGGGUGGCUAUUAA